GAAGGGCCGAGGACAGCUGACUGGAUUUCAGGGCUUCCUGCUGACAGUAUCACAUAGUAGUUGUUAGCGGAGAGAUACCAAUGGCCUUUUGAUUUUAAACCACAUCAAUUAAUACUCUAUUUGGCUUGUGUGUUUUAACGGUAGUUAUUCAUUCUAGUCCAGAGAGGUAUCCUACAGGUGUAUCAGGAUGGAUAUCCGCGGAGCGGUGGACGCUGCAGUGCCCACCAACAUCAUCGCUGCCAAGGCAGCUGAGGUGCGAGCCAACAAGGUCAACUGGCAGUCAUAUCUGCAGGGCCAGAUGAUCUCUGCAGAGGACUGUGAGUUCAUUAAGAAGUUUGAAGUGGCUCAUUCUGAGGAGAAACAGACCAUCCUCACCAACGAAGGACAUCAGUGUGCCAAGACGUUCCUGAACCUGAUGGCUCACAUCUCUAAGGAGCAGACUGUCCAGUACAUCCUCACUCUGAUAGAUGAUACCCUGCAGGAGAAUCACCAGAGGGUGAACAUCUUUUUCGACUACUCCAAAAAGACCAAGAACACCGCCUGGUCCUACUUUCUGCCCAUGCUCAACCGCCAGGACCUGUUCACCGUCCACAUGGCGGCCAGGAUCAUCGCUAAGCUAGCAGCCUGGGGUCGUGACCUGAUGGAGGGAAGUGACCUCAACUACUACUUCAACUGGAUCAAGACCCAGCUCAGCUCCCAGAAGCUUCAUGGUACAGGUCCAGAUUCCUCAGGACAAGGCACUAUAUCCCCCAGUGAAAGCUCUCAGUAUGUGCAGUGUGUAGCAGGCUGUCUCCAGCUGAUGUUGAGGGUGAAUGAGUACAGGUUUGCCUGGGUGGAGGCUGACGGGGUCAACUGCAUCACGGCUGUGCUGAGUAACAAGUGUGGUUUCCAGCUGCAGUAUCAGAUGGGCUUCUGUGUGUGGCUGCUGGCCUUCAGCUCUCAGCUCUGUGAGCAGCUACGCCGUUACAACGUGGUGCCGGCCCUGUCUGAUAUCCUGCAGGAGUCUGUCAAGGAGAAGGUCACGCGCAUCAUACUGGCUGCCUUCAGGAACCUGUUGGAGAAGUCAGCGGAGAGGGAGACCCGUCAGGAGUAUGCUCUGGCCAUGAUCCAGUGUAAGGUUCUGAAGCAGCUGGAGAAUCUGGACCAGCAGAAGUAUGACGAUGAGGACAUUACGGAAGACAUCAAGUUCCUGCUGGAGAGUUUGGGAGAGAGCGUUCAGGACCUCAGUUCGUUUGAUGAGUACAGCUCGGAGCUGAAGUCGGGUCGCCUGGAGUGGAGCCCGGUCCACAAAUCAGAGAAGUUCUGGCGUGAGAACGCUGUUCGCCUCAACGAGAAGAACUACGAACUCCUCAAGAUCCUUACUCGGCUGUUGGAGGUAUCUGAUGACCCUCAGGUUAUUGCUGUAGCUGCUCACGAUGUUGGAGAAUACGUCAGACACUACCCACGGGGGAAACGGGUGAUAGAGCAGCUUGGAGGUAAACAGCUGGUGAUGAACCACAUGCACCAUGAAGAUCAGCUGGUCCGUUACAACGCCCUGCUGGCCGUGCAGAAACUCAUGGUCCACAACUGGGAGUACCUGGUCAAUACUAUAGUAAUGAUUAUUGAUUUCUCCUCUACAGGGAGUACCUGGUCAAUACUAUAGUAAUGAUUAUUGAUUUUCUCCUUACGGGAUACCUGGGGAAGCAGCUCCAGUCGUCUGACCAGCAGCAGCAACAGGCUGUGGCCACCAGGAGCUGAUCUCUGACCCCUGACCCCUGCAUGGAACCCACUCUGUGUCUGGGUUUGCAUACAUGUACUGGGGAAUACAUGCAUACCAGUAUAUGUACUGUAUGUGUGGCUGUGUGUGUGUGUAUCUAUGUACAUCGUCCAAUGAAAUUACCUGGAUCAACUGUCCAGUUGAUGUGUAAAAGGUGUCUCUUACCUGUCUAUUCUCCUCCACUCUGGCUGUAUGUUGAUUUCCUGGUCAUGCUACAGUAUAUUAUGUCAUGUGUCCUCACAGCUAUGUGAUGUAAGGUGAUUUAAAUAGCACUUGGUGUUGUGAUCAAUUUAAAAUGGCUGAAGUUAUUUGUGUCGUGUGUAAAACAUUGUGAGUAAAUAAAACURAUCUAGAGGGUC